AUGAAAUCUUUAGUCAUUGUAUGUGUCUUAGCCCUCGUGGGUUUGAGUAUCGCUGAAUUCGACCCUUAUCCUAACGGAUGCAUUUACGUUGAGGGAAGAUGUGUCGGCGGUUGUGAGGAGGGUACUCACGCGUACGCUACUGGUUGCGAGGUGCUGACCCCUGAGCCUACCUGUGAGAACCCUGAACCCAAAGAAGAUUCUGAUGAGAUGAUUUGUGACUUCACAGCAUGUUACUGUAAUGCUCCAACUGUGAGGGACACCGUCAGCAACAAAUGCGUGCCUUUGGAAGACUGCCCGAAAAGUCAGGAA